UCUGUUGCUCCGGUCACAUCGUCAAUAAGAACAUUUUAUAGUAGCCAAAUAGUUUUCGCGUGGACACAUCGUCCGAUUGGCUCACUUGAAGUCUCUGCAUUCCACGCGCAGCUGGGAGCCUUCGACGGAGACUGCGCGCACCGUGAGCGGACAAGCGGCUGCGCUCUGGAGGAGUUUCUCCCCAUCUGACAGGCUCAAGAGACUGAAGAAGAAGUGAGUGGAAGCGGCCGUCCUGACACUGCAUCCACAUGGCAGAGCCCAACUUCCCCCCGCUGCCUGGAUUCAUUCCACUCAAGCCCUGUUUCUAUCAGGACUUUGACGAGAUCCCCGAGCAGCACCGCAGCAUGUGCAAGAAAAUGUACCACCUGUGGAUGUUGAACGGUGCCACGCUUGCGGUGAACCUGGUUGGCUGCUUCGCUUGGAUGUUUGGUGGAGGUGGGGUGACCAACUUUGGACUGGCCAUCAUCUGGCUCCUCAUGUUCACUCCCUGCUCCUACGUGUGUUGGUUCAGGCCCAUCUACAAGGCCUUCAAGAAUGAUAGCUCCUUCAACUUCAUGCAGUUCUUUUUUGUGUUCAUGGCCCAAGUUGGCAUCAGCAUCAUCCAAAGCAUAGGCAUCCCUGGGUGGGGAGUAUGCGGCUGGCUGGCGACCAUCUCCUUCUUCAGCUAUAAUAUUUUGAUCGCACUGAUCAUGCUCGUCCCUACUAUCAUGUUCACUGCCGUGGCCACAUUGUCCUGCAUUGCCCUCACCAGGAUCCAUAAUUUCUACCGUGGCAGUGGGGCCAGCAUGUCCAAAGCUCAAGAGGAAUGGGCCACAGGCGCCUGGAAGAACCCUCAUGUUCAGGCAGCGGCCCAGGAGGCCGCCAUGGGGGCCGCCACCGGGGCCGUGCAGAGUCAGUACUCCAGCCCACAGUAUAACGAUAAUCAGAUGUAGCUUCUUCAAGGCAAGAGGUGCCGAAAGGAAUGAUGUGACAGUUCUGCCAAAGUUUGAGCAACAGGGUUAGGAAGGGUUAGAACGAUCUUACUGUGUUGUUGAUUAUUGUGAUAAUGUUUCAGAAAAAAAAUACUUGCAUAUUUUAACCUUUAACAAGUCACUAAUUCAAAUGUCAGUGAUUUCAAACAAAUUUGGCAAAACAAUAUCUCGUGGUACGGCGGUUUUCACGUACAGUGUUAAAGGGCAUGCUGAUUAUUCUUAGUGUUUUAUAUUAUUUCUCAUGUUUUUGUUUUUCCUGUUUGAAGAGUUGAAAUGUAACUAGUUUUGAACGUGUAUUACUUUAGUGGCUCCUUUACGAGAGCUGUGUGCUUUGUGUUGACCUGCAGUGUGAGCAGUUUUUACAAAACAAAGGAAAAAUAUGAUUUGUAUUCUUCAUAAACACAAAACUAUGUAUAAUAACCUCUAGUGUAAAUUAAGAUAAACCUAUUUAGAAUUGAUUAAUUCAUAAAUGUAUGCAUACGUUAAAAUGAUGGAUGUAAUAUUUGAGACGUUCUUUACUUUAUAAACUCAGGGUAAACUAGACUAGUUGCAAUUUUGUGGCUGUAUUUUAAAUUAUGCUUUUUUUUCUGUGACCUCAGCACAAUUUCAUCAGGAUUCUGUGCAGUUUAUCACCGGUUGCACUGUGGAAUUACAGAGGAUUAUGUUGUGUAAAAUGAAAUCUGUCUCUAUUACAAUAAGACACAGUGUCACUACAAGUCUUCAGUUGAAUUUAGAUAGGAACAGAACAUUGAAUCUUACUUGAUGCACGCGUCUCUUUGAAGUAUCUUGAGGCUUGUUGUUGCCACGGAAAUCACCUGAUUCCUAUCACAGAAGAACUCCCUUGGAAGAAAAUUAAAACGAGAUAACAACAAGGAGAAGAGGUGAAAUACCUGACCCGUGUUCUGUAGCCAGCUUAGUUAGAAAUGAGAGAAUGUUUUGUGCUGAAUGUCAGUUUAGCCUUUUCUGCUGCUGUACGGCUGAUCGACCACAGAGAGGCGCUGAUGGUUUUAGUUUGAAAUAAAAUGCUCUAACAUGUA